CAUGCAAUGAUACGUCUCAUUUCCAACAUUUACAAAGCCUAAUCCGAUCACUUCGACGUCGCAUCACACACACUCAACGACUACUAAUCUUACGCUGUUCCUCCUCUCUCUACUCUCAAUCCGUAACCGCCUCCGUAUUAAUCCCCCACCGGCCACCGCCGUCACAUUUUCAACUCUGCUGAAAUCCGACGCUUAUAACUCUUCUUCUUCGUAAUCUUCUUUAAUCUGCUGCAACUCACUCAAUUUCUCAUUACUAUUUUUAAAUUUUCUCAGAUUUCAGUCAAUGGCAAGUCAGUAAGUUUACUCUCUGACUAAGCCUUGAGGCUUCAAUAUAUUUCAGUUCUUCAUGUUUUAUUAUUGUAAUUAUGAUUGAAACUGUAAAUGUGCGGUUUUGUUUAAUUCCUUUAAAUUUCUGUAACGGUUUGAAUUUUGAAUGCAAUCAGAUCUUAGGGUUUAAAGAAUCGUUUUAUAAUGAAUGCUGCUUGAUUCUUAGCGAAUGAAUUAUUCGAACUUGUGAGUAAAUAUGGGAUGUGUUUACUCUCGAGCAUGUAUUGGCGAGGUUUGUAUACCAAAAGAUCCAAGAAUUAAGCAGCAGAACGAAGUUAAACAUGCUCAUGUUAGUAGAGCAGCAGAAGCUACCGAUUUACCAGUGUUUACUCCGGCAGAAGCAACCUCUUCACCGGAAUCGGAAACUCGAGAUGAAAUUUAUCAAUUAAAUUUGAAUCCAGACCAGCUUGGUAUUACUAGGCUUUCUAGGGUUUCAUCACAGUUCUUACCUCCUGAUGGAUUAAGAACUGUUGAAGUCCCUUCGGCUAAUUAUCAAUUACGCUAUUCAUAUCUUUCGCAGAGAGGUUAUUACCCUGAUGCUCUUGAUAAAGCUAAUCAAGACAGUUUUUGUAUUCACACGCCGUUUGGUACAAGUAAAAAUGACCAUUUCUUUGGUGUUUUUGAUGGUCAUGGUGAAUUUGGGGCGCAAUGUUCACAGUUCGUGAAGCGGAAAUUAUGUGAGAAUUUGUUGAGGAAUAGUAAGUUUCAAUUAGAUGCUGUUGAGGCUUGUCAUUCUGCUUUUUUGACUACGAAUAUUCAGUUACAUGCUGAUAAUUUGGAUGAUAGUAUGAGUGGAACGACAGCAAUAACUGUGUUAGUUAGAGGAAGGACAAUCUACGUGGCUAACUGUGGUGAUUCUAGAGCCCUUAUAGCAGAAAGAAAAGGUGAUAAGGAGAUUAUGGCUAUUGAUUUAUCGAUCGAUCAGACUCCUUUUAGAGAUGACGAGCUGGAGAGAGUGAAGGCAUGUGGUGCUAGAGUGCUUACUUUGGAUCAAAUUGAGGGUUUAAAGAAUCCUGAUGUGCAAUGUUGGGGAACUGAGGAAGGUGAUGAUGAUGGCGAUCCUCCAAGGUUGUGGGUCUCGAGUGGAAUGUAUCCCGGAACUGCAUUUACUAGGAGUAUAGGGGAUUCUAUCGCCGAGACAAUUGGUGUUGUUGCUAAUCCAGAAAUUGCAGUUUUUGAACUUACACCGGAUCAUCCUUUCUUUGUGCUUGCUAGUGAUGGGGUUUUUGAGUUCCUUUCAAGCCAAGCGGUGGUUGAGAUGGUGGCAAAAUAUAAAGAUCCGCGUGAUGCUUGUGCUGCAAUUGUAGCAGAAUCUUAUCGACUUUGGCUACAAUAUGAAACUCGUACUGAUGAUAUUACUGUGAUUGUUGUGCAUGUUGAUGGAUUAACUGAUAGUGCUGUUGUUGGUCAAUUAACCAGUCCAGGUGUAAUCUUACGACCUCCUAUACCUCAAGCUGUAGACAUGACAGGAUCAGAAUCUCCUUCAACUUUUGGCUGGAACUCUAGACACCAUCGUGUAAGGCAUGAUGUAUCUCGGGCUCGGCUUCGUGCCAUUGAAAGUUCUCUGGAGAGUGGGGAAUUUUGGGUUCCUCCAUCUCCAGCCCAUAGGAAAACUUGGGAAGAAGAAGCACAAAUUGAGAGGGCAUUGCAUGAUCACUUCCUUUUCAGAAAGCUUACAGACUCUCAGUGCCAUGUUUUGUUGGACUGCAUGCAAAGAGUUGAAGUCCAGCCAGGAGAAGUUGUUGUUAAGCAGGGUGGUGAAGGUGAUUGCUUCUAUGUUGUUGGCAGUGGAGAAUUUGAGGUCUUUGCCACCCAGGAAGAAAAAAAUGGAGAGGUGCCAAAAGUUUUGCAGUGUUAUACAGCAGACAAGUUAUCAUCCUUUGGAGAGCUGGCGUUAAUGUAUAAUAAACCACUCCAGGCCUCGGUUCGUGCCGUAACAGUUGGAACACUAUGGGCUUUAAAGAGAGAAGACUUUCGUGGAAUUCUGAUGUCAGAAUUUUCUAAUAUGUCAUCCCUGAAGUUGCUCCGUUCUGUGGAUCUUCUUUCCAGAUUGACAAUCUUGCAGCUGAGUCGCAUUGCAGAUUCUCUAUCUGAAGUUUCUUUCGCAGACGGGCAGCCAAUAUUUGACUGGAAUGUAGGGCCCUCUGCAUUGUACAUCAUCCAGAGGGGAAAAGUGAGACUUGCUUUUGAUGAGGAAGUGUUAAGUAGUCCAAAUGUUGGAAGUUUGAAGUCCGAUAAUCAAAAAGAGGCCGAUAAUGUAACAAAUUGUGAAACGCUUUCUUUGGAAAAGACAGAGGGAAGUUACUUUGGGGAAUGGGUACUUCUUGGCGAACAAAUUGGCUCCCUAAGUGCUGUUGCUGUGGGUGAUUGCACUUGUUCCAUCUUAACAAAGGAUAAAUUUGACUCAAUUGUCGGUCCUUUAACAAAACUUUCACAUGAAGUUAAUAAGUCAAGGGGCGUUUCUUCAGAUUUUUCCAAGGAACCCAUUGAAAAUACUAAUAUUUCAGCUCCUUUUAGAGGCCGGCUUUCUGAUAUGGAAUGGAAGACUUGUUUAUAUACCACGGAUUGCAGCGAGAUUGGACUUGUACAUUUGAAGGACUCAGAAAAUUUGCUUACCAUGAAAAGAUUUUCAAAGCAGAAGAUCAAAAGGUUAGGAAAGGAGGCACAAGUUUUGAAAGAGAAGACUCUAAUAAAGAGUAUGAGCUCUUCAGCUUGUGUGCCACAGGUUCUAUGUACUUGUGCAGAUAAAACACAUGCUGCUAUAUUGUUGAAUACCUACUUGGCUUGUCCUUUGGCUUCAAUACUUCGCACCGCACUUGAUGAACCAUCUGCGCGGUUUUGUGCCGCCUCUGUUGUUAUUGCCUUAGAAGAUUUACACAUGAAUGGUGUACUCUAUAGAGGCGUCUCUCCUGAGGUCUUAAUGUUGGAUCAAACAGGGCAUUUACAGCUGGUGGACUUCAGAUUUGGGAAAUUGUUGUCCGGUGAGAGAACAUUUACAAUCUGUGGAAUGGCAGAUUCUUUGGCUCCGGAGAUAAUCCAGGGAAAAGGGCACGGUUUCCCUGCUGACUGGUGGGCAUUGGGAGUGUUGAUAUACUUCAUGUUGCAAGGUGAAAUGCCAUUUGGAUCAUGGAGAGAAAGUGAGCUUGAUACUUAUAGAAAGAUUGCAAGAGGACAAUUAAACCUUCCUCCUACAUUCACCUCUGAAGCUGCGGAUCUCAUCGCAAAGUUACUGGAGGUCGACGAAAAUGCAAGACUCGGAAGCUCAGGAUUUGAUUCUGUAAAAACACAUCCAUGGUUUGAUGGUGUUGACUGGAAAGCGAUUAGAGAUGGUAGCUUUCCGGUUCCUCAUGACAUAAUGUUUCGUAUUACCCAACAUUUGGAAAGUCAUCCCGAGGACUGCACUUUUCCUUUAGCUUCUUCAUCUCCUGAUGAAGAUGAUCUCAACGUUCCUGAAUGGCUCGACGACUGGUAGAUAAAUGGGCAUUAUGGAAAUUUAUUGGUUCAGAGUUAGCUUGGAGGUGUAUUCUUUUGUCCCAAGUACGUUGAUAGAAGCAAUAUUCUUUUAUCACAUAUGAGUCACUGCACUAACCAAUUCAACCAAGAGGUUAGUAGAGAUAUUUUAUUUUUGUCAAUUUGAUCCCUUUUGGUAAUAUUUAUUUUACACUUGUGUAAAUACGUAUAUAUGUAAAUGAGUGAGUUUUUUCUUUUCAAAUUUCUUUUAGAAAUGAAAUUCUGGCUUUAUAUGUAUGGCUAAUAGAAUUUGACUGGCUUUAGGGUUUGUAAUAAAAAUAAUUAUUAUUUGCCUUAUUGGUAAGGUGGAGAAAGAAUAAACAUAAUUGAUACACUAGAAAUUUAUAA